GUGAAACUAUAUCGAAAAAUAGUGGCUGAAAAAGACUAUGCAAAUAUCUAUCAUAUCUUUAAAGUUUACAAGAACUGUGCCGACCUCUACAAAGCUGGUAAACAGAAAAGUGGUGUCUAUUCCAUCGACCCCGACAACAACGGUGCCUUCGAUGUGUACUGUGACCAAAAGACAGACGGUGGGGGGUGGACAGUGUUCCAAAAGAGACUGGACGGCUCGGUUGAUUUCUACCGCGGCUGGGAAGACUACAAACGAGGCUUUGGGAAUCUGAAUGGUGAGUUUUGGCUCGGACUGGACAAGAUUCAUCGCCUGACAAAAGAACGAAACAGGCUUCAUGUGGAUCUUGAAGAGACGACUGGAAAAACAGCUUACGCUGAAUACGACUUUUUUGGUGUUGCAAGUGAGAGAAGUAAAUACAAGUUGAGUCUGGGAACAUAUUCGGGUAAAUUGUGCUUUUACAAAAAUCAUUUCAUAGUUCUAUCAUCGUACUUAAUUUUCUUUCUUUUUUUUCUUCCUUUUUUCUUCUUUAACUACUUUUAAUUCAAUCAGCACUUCUUAGACCCUCUUCUUAUUGCAAUAUCCAUUCACUUCAUUACCAACCUUCAAAACACAAACAAACAAGAAAGCAAAAUCCGUUUUAAAAAGUUUCAAAGUUCAUUUCUACGAUGCCAUGGGGCCUGAAACAACAAAUCAAUUCAAAUUGUUGAAACAUUGUCACUUGAGUUGGGGUAAAGAAUUAGCUUUUGUGAUACACAUUAUUCAUUUCAAGUUUUAAGUCUUAAGUUUAUUGUUAAGUUUGCCAGAACUAAAUAGAUUACCUAAACAUGAAAAGCAAAUUUCGAGGAAGUGCAAAUAAGGAACUAAUCAAUAGUAUGCCAAAUUCGACCACCGAACCUAAUCGAACUCAAUCAAAGUUCGAUUGGGUUCUAUUACUAACAUUUUUUGUGAGAGUUCGAUUGUGUUCGAUUAUCGAAUUUAACCGAACCUUAUCGUUCCGGCAUGUACACAGAACUUUCGACAAAAGUGACACUAUCCCCUUGAAUUUGAACAUUUCUCCUUGCAUGUUCAUUCUAUUGGAAGGAAUCAUUAGGUUCAAUAGGGAUCAUUUAGUUGGGGAGUUUACCAGAAAUUCCUCAUUGCUAAACAUGAAAGGUCAUGAGUGGAACAGGAAUUUAACUGGAAUUUUCUGGCCAGAGUUACUUGAUUCCGUCAUUGGUAUGGCUUAAAAGGCCUCUUUCCAAUGUAUAAGGUGUCAGAGUUGUCAACAACAGAACGUCAAAACUGAUGACAACAAAAGUGGUACAAGGGACAUUGUUCCACACGGGUAUUGACUGGCGCCGGCUUGAUAUGUGAAUGGGCUAAUUUUAUUUGAAACUGAAGAGCGGAUAAAUGUUAUCAGAAUAUAAUUGUAAUGGUCGACCAGCUUCAAAAGUAUGCACAUGUUAUGCCAACAACCUACCUCCCUCCCCUUUGAAAGUUAGCCUUUCACAGCCUAUUGACAAUUUGGUGUGCUCGCAAGCGAAGUAAGCGCGCGACAGCGAGAGCGGAGCGCGCUCCCCCGCCUUGUACAUUUUCAUACACACACGCUCGACGAUUUUCGAAGACAAAACAGAGGGUCUGCGAACAGGCUAAUGUAAAAUCUUUUAGCUUCGUAGGCUGGAAGCCGCACUUAUUUGAAGUCGAGUUCAACAUAUUGUCAGCGUGUUUCUUCUUUUUUUUCUGUCUGUUUGUUUGUUGCUGUUGUUUUUUGUUUUUUCAUGUUUGGUAAACGUUCCAGCAGCUAACCUAGCUAAUGACUCACCAUGGCAAGUUUCACUUGCAACCUGAGAAUUACACCCUCCCCCCAGGGCUGUAACGACGGGCAUGCAGUAACUUCUAAUCCUUCUUGUUUUUUGCCUAAGGAACUGCAGGUGACUCGCUCUCAGUUCAUCGUGGAAUGGCGUUCUCCACCAAAGAUCGUGACAACGACCUUAGUUCCAGCAGCUGUGCCAUACGCUCCAAGGGAGCUUGGUGGUAUCAAUCCUGUCUUGGUUCAAAUUUAAACGGCCUCUAUCAUCACGGGAAACACUCUACGUCAUGGGAGGGUGUCAACUGGAAUAAGUGGAAAGGCGGCACCUACUCCGCUAAACGAGCUGAAAUGAAAAUCAAACCAGUAAACGCAUAG